AUGACGUCAUCAAUUAACGAUCCUUUAAUGAACGAUCCAGGUGUGCCCCACCCCCUCCCCCCCCCAGCGCUACAAGAACCGCCCGGAAAGGUGAGACAGGUGAGCCCAGGCCCCGCCCACCCAGGUGUGCACCUGGAGCACCCCAAAAAUCCCUCCCGAGCUCAGGUGAGGGCUCAGGUGAGUCCUGGCAGGUCUGGGGGUCACACCUGGCCACAGGUGAACCUCAGGGGUCUCCCCGUUCUUCAUCUGCUGUCGGUGACGUCACAGCUCAGGUGUGACCACGCCAGGACCUCACCUGGAGCUCAGGUGCUGCAGCUCAGGGUCCACACCUGGAGCUCAGGUGUUGCAGCUCAGGUGUUGCAGUUCAGGGUCCACACCUGGAGCUCAGGUGCUGCAGUUUGGGCUCCACACCUGGAGCUCAGGUGCUGCAGUUCAGGGUCCACACCUGGCUCAGGUGUUCCAGUCCAGGUGUUGCAGUUUGGGGUCCACACCUGGCUCAGGUUCUCUCACCUGGAGCUCAGGUGCUGCAGUUUGGGGUCCACACCUGGAGCUCAGGUGCUGCAGUCCAGGUGUUGCAGUUCGGGUUCCACACCUGGAGCUCAGGUGUUGCAGUUCAGGUGUUGCAGUUUGGGCUCCACACCUGGCUCAGGUGUUGCAGUUUGGGGUUCACACCUGGAGCUCAGGUGCUGCAGUUCAGGGUCCACACCUGGCUCAGGUUCUCUCACCUGGAGCUCAGGUGCUGCAGUUUGGGGUCCACACCUGGAGCUCAGGUGCUGCAGUCCAGGUGUUGCAGUUCGGGUUCCACACCUGGAGCUCAGGUGUUGCAGUUCAGGUGUUGCAGUUUGGGCUCCACACCUGGCUCAGGUGUUGCAGUUUGGGGUUCACACCUGGAGCUCAGGUGCUGCAGUUCAGGGUCCACACCUGGCUCAGGUUCUCUCACCUGGAGCUCAGGUGUUGCAGUUCAGGGUCCACACAUGGCCCAGGUGUUACAGUUUGGGGUUCACACCUGGAGCUCAGGUGCUGCAGUUUGGGGUUCACACCUGGCUCAGGUGUUGCAGUCCAGGUGUUGCAGUUUGGGGUCCACACCUGGAGCUCAGGUGCCCCCACCUGUCCAGGUGCUGAAGCUUUUUGGGUUCCACACCUGUCCUGGCUCACAGGUACCGAGUCCUUUCACCUGGGGCUCAGGUGUUGCAGUUCAGGUGCUGCAGAAUUUUGG